AUUUUUCACCUGUUGGCACUCGCAAUACAACAUUAUUUUACGGACUAAUACCCCUGUUCGUUUCAGUGAGCACACAAACAACUGAAGUGUUUGUGGACAGUGAAUUAUCUAUAGACUUCUUUUCGUAACUGAAUUGUUUGUGGACAGUGAAUUAUCUCCAGACUUCUUUUCGUAACAAAACGUGAAAAUAUAUCGCGAUUUUCAAUACAAUUUACUGUGACAUUAAUUAUCGGAGACCUUAAGCUUUCAACUGGUACUGAUCUGAUAGUGAAUACCAUGUAUUAAUGAUACGCACUUAAAUAAAUAAAUAAUUUGUCAUAUUUUACGAAGCAGGAAGUCUUGUUUUCUGCUUGGGACGAAUAUCCCUCACAGAUAAUGCGUCCAUUAAUUGGAAGGACAUUGCUGCGUUUUGUGGUAUUAUAUGCUUAUGCGAGUUUUUUCGCUUGGAUUUUUACCAUCAUCGAGCAAAGAAGCGAGUCAGCUCACGACAGAAUGGAAAGGAUGUUGAGAGAUUUAAGAAGCGAUAUUGAGAUGAAGUCUAAUAUUACUGACAACGAAUUUGACAGCUUUGUGAGAAGAGCUGCUGUCACCGUGACAACAGGAAAGGAACUGGACUGGAAUUUUCGGAAUAGCUUCGACUUUGUUUUCGCAGCCAUCACAACAAUAGGUUAUGGGUAUAUAACUCCCAAAACAAGUCUCGGCCAAGGAAUUACUAUCGUUACCUGUCUCUUUGGAAUUCCUAUUAGCAUGUUGGCCUUCAAAACUGCAGGAGAACUGAUUUCUUCGCUACUUCGGUACCUGAUAAUCAAAGCUGAAACUGUUUUGCUCAAAAGAGGUGAACCAAAGCAUGUCAAGAAGAAAACUUUCCUCGCAGCUAGUGCAUUAGCGGUUGCUCUUCACAUAUCGUUCGCCACGUCGUCCACUUACCGGGAGGGAUGGAGUUUUAUAACUAGCUUAUACGCCUGGUUCACUACCUUUACAACAAUUGGUUUUGGAGACUAUGUUCCGUUUGUGGCACCUCAAAUAAAGCUGGAUCAAGAAAAAGCCUCGGAAGACGCUAUGAUUGUCCCGAGCUUGAUCGCUGUUAUACCAUGGAUGGUUGGGUUCAGUGUUACCUCUUGCCUUUUGAACUGUAUUGUUGACUCUUUGGAUGAUAUAAGGGAUUUCCGAAAUGAUUAUUUUAGCUGUUGGUCAAAUUUGGUUUCUAAAAUGAAAAUGUUGCUAUGUGGAGGGUGCAAAAGUUAUAGCAUGACCGAAGGACGCGGUGAAGAUCAUCACUCAUCCCAUGAAAAUAAUCAGGUGGCUUCCUUGUAGCGCACAUGGUUGUAUGUCGAUCGUAACUCUUUCAUCAAAGGGAAAGUGUUGCCAAUAUUAAAGGACAGUUGUUUUCAAAGUGAAACUGAUCUUUGGCUCUCUGGGGAAAAUUACAACUAUUAAAUAGUUGCAUACAGAGUUGCAUUAACGCAUACCUAAGACAAUCUACAAAAACAGUAUGAAAUAAUAUCCUGCCACUUUUUUCCCAUUCCCAUGGCACGUAUCACCUCACAGUCCCCAUAACAUUUGUAUUGUAAUGCGACGAUCUUAGUUUACCAGGUUUUCACACACUUGCAUCUGACAACAAACCUCUUAGUUUCCUGCAUCGAAACGAUGUACCUCAAAACACGUUUCAUGUGACUGCUAUUCAUUUGACUGAUUAAAAUCAGAUAUAUGCAGCGGUGAAUUUCACAAGUUUUCUUCAGCCAGAAAAAAAAAUAGGAUUAUUUCGAUCGAUUCAGCCGCCAAUGUAUACGUAAGAUGUUUAAAUUUAAUCAAACAGCCA